UCGUCGUGAUAUUCAUAACACUGCGUGAUUUUCAUGAUGAAGGCCGCAUGCUGUUUUCUCCUCAUUGUGGCUGCGGCCCGGGCGACAAUCUGCCCUCACGACGCCUGUGACAAUGCCGAGUGCGAGAAUCCUGGGCUCCGGGAUGUGGAGUGUGGACCAAACAGGUUUGAGCCGAAUGGCGGUGCUUGUGGUUGCUGCCCGACCUGUAUCACCCUGUUGAAGGUCGGAGAGGACUGUUCAGAUGUUCUGCUUAUCGGUUGGAUGCAGACGUCCGAAUGUGAAGGGAACCUGAAAUGUGACUCUAUCACAAGGAAAUGUGAUUACCGAUGUAUCGAGGAACACGCUACCCAACAGGUCAACAUGAUGCCAGGGCAAUUCGUGCCGAGAUGUGAAAAUGACGGCAGCUACUCACCUUUUCAGUGCAGGGGAUCAGGGUGCUAUUGUGUGUCCAAAGACGGUACCAGAAUUCGUGGGUUCACUAGUGUCAAUAGAGGGGCGGUCCAGGAUAUGAACUGCAAAUGUGCCCGUGACAAACAUGAAUACAGCAAGCUGAAGAUGAUCGGCAAGCAUUUCAACUGCGCCAGUAACGGCAACUACGACAAGGUCCAGUGCAUGGGAUCAGUCUGCUUCUGCGCUGAUGAGAAUGGUCGGAUGGCCCUUGGUGCUCAGCGGGUCCCAAUCGGCCAGCAUCAUACACUAAACUGUUAGGAUAUCAGCGUUCCAAGGACGGCCAACAUGACUUAGUCAGCUAUCAGACAUUUGAUCAGGCAGUGAAAGCCAGUGUCUACCAAAUGAUAAUAUUGACUUUAAUGCGUUAAGUGCAUGUGGAAACCUCUAACACCACUAUUUUCUGACAGAUGCUCACUGAUCUGGGUCCAAUAAAGAAUAUACCAGAAGGGGAUGUAACCAUUGAGGACCAGCCAGAAAUUCACCAGUCUUGUUCAAAAUUGCCUCGCAUAAAUAUCAGCAUUUGUGUGAAAGAACUAGUGGCGGCUCAUGGUGUGAAGCAAUGGUAUUAUCCCCUGGCCAAGUAAAUCCCACGCCCAAGUUGUUCUUUUAAGGUUAUUGACAUAUAAGGAAGACUUAUUCGGUCUACAAUUUGCCCCGGAAUGAAGGUUCGGAACUCAAAGGCAAAACACGUUAAACUCAUCUUGAAUUGACAUGGAUAUCUUUAUUAAAACAUAAACAACACAAUAGUCACAGUAUGUUAAGAAAAUAAGCAGAAGCAGAGACAGAGGCAAAAUUCUUCAUUUAUACAUUAAACGAAUAGAAAAAUAAAUGCAUUUGAUUUCUCUUGAGUGCGCGGGAUAGUGCUACAUGUAUAUGGUUCGACCAUAAACUGCUAAUCAAGUUAGUCAUCGGACGCAACGUAGAUAUGUGUAAUCUAAACUUGAAAGAAGUAUAUACGAAAUGAACAAUA